AUGGUCAAGGUGCGAUCACAUGCCUUUGUCGGGUGGCCUGAGUACAACAUUUUUUUUCAGCUUGCAGAUGAACGGUUCGCAGAAAUUCAAUAUUUUUUUGGCCUGAAGAAGAUGCGAGAGGAUGGCGGAACCGACAACGUCGACAUGACUUUGGCGAUGGCUUCGAUCUUCACUCCCCUCGACCCAGCUAUCUUACGUGACACUUAUGGCGUUCUCAUGGCCUGUCGGUAUCAAGGAGACGAUUCCCGGGAGGUUAUUGAGGUGAAGGACAUUGUUUCAGUUGUGGCGAUGUUGCCUCUCUCUCCGAGACGAGAGGAGGCAGAGGACCCCCAUGCUGCCGCGUUGUAUUCGAACAGGUUCUUUGUCGUUGAACGCUUGGGCUUUGAUGCGUCUUUCAUUGGCCGCGAGGAGAGAGUUGCAGACGAGGAUGACCCUGAUGGCGAGGAGUGA